AUGGCAGCUUUUACUUGGCCUAAUGCCGCGCAAGGAACUGCUUCCUCGGGUACGACGACUUCGUCUUCUGUCACCACUUCGACUGCAGUCGAUUCUGGUGUAUUCUACUCAUCGGAUGUCGCUGCAUCGACGUCUACUGCUUCAGACGGAGGAGCGUUCUUUUCUUCAGACGUCUCAACGACUGCUGUUGCCUCCGCUACAAGCACUUCAACAGCGGUAGAUCCUGGUACCUUCUACUCGUCGGCUGUACCUACGUCUACUUCCACUGCAUCCGAUGGAGGCACUUUCUUCUCUUCGGACGUUCCCGUCUCUAGCAUUGGCUGCCAUCAUUGCACAGCUUGUACGAAGACGACCUCGACCGCCAGUGCUCACGCAAGUGCGUCUCCUUUCCUAAAGGCAGUCUCGGACAAUCCUUGGAAUCCAAAUGUAGCACCGCCGAUUGAUGCGUUACCAUCGUACAUGGAUUACGACACGGUGUCCACCCUGAUGCCCAAAGCUACCGGAGUCGCUUUCGAUCGCGGAACACCUUUCGAGAUGGCCGAUCCCAUAAUGCCAAUAACAGACGGAUCGUCUGAUCUUCAUUCGACCUUCGCCAAGCGAGACAGUCCCCGCUUCGCGAGAAACCCAGGCCACAUCAUCGGCCUCAUCAUACUGGUCCUCGGCGUCGUCCUCGUAGGUUUCCUAGCGAUCAAGUACUGUAGGGGUCUGAUUCCCACGACUCACGAUCCGGAACAAGGUGAUAGCCGCCGUCGCUAUCCACAUUAUGAAAAAGAGGUCGUCCGUGGACGACGACGCCGCCGUGACGGCUCACCUUCCACGACCCAUUUUGCUGACAUACCAAUUUCGGAGGGAUAUGGCAUGGAUCCGGUUGACCUUGCUCGCGCACAGAACUGGCAAGACGGCUUCGACGAAAAAGGUGUGUAUGCUACACGAGAUCACGAAGACCGAAGGCCAUCCACUGAUAACUUCCAGUCAGUCGCAACGCAUGGAACUGGUGAUAAUGCUGGAUAUCGACUGCAAUUACCCAGCUUUAUAAGAACACGCAGCUCGAAUCCAAAGUCCCGUCCCGUAAGCGAUCUGCCGGCGCUCGCCCGUAAUCCGGAGUACCCAGCCGGUCAGCCAGUUUCGCCGUUGAGUGCAGACGGCCCACCCCACGAUUAUAACCGCACGCGAGAUUACAGCGACGUAUCACCGCUACAUUCGCCCACAAUGCAUCGCGAGAAUCGCAGGUAG